UGACGAAAUGCGCGUGACAAUCUCAUGCGAUAUAUCGUGCAGCCCUAAUUACAAGUCACAUACAUUAUGCACUCACAUGACUUUUUUGAUGUUAAUGCAAAUUUAUUUACAAAAGUCACUGCAGAUGAAGUAUUUUCAACAACAGUCACAGUAAUAGUAUGAAUUGUAGCUGAAAUAUAACUAGUGAUGCAUGAAUAAUCAGAAUUUUCUCCCAAUCUAAAAUCAAUACUUGGAAAAUUUAACUGUGGUAUGACUCAUUAGAUAUUGCUUGAUGCUACAACAUUUUUUUUUUUUUACCUGCAAGAGUCUCCUAGGAUAGAAGGAAUGAAUGGAUAUUCCAGAGCAACUUGGCAUUUCUGACUGUCCACAGGUCAUCUUGGUUUGGAGGGAAAAACAUCGACACAACCAGCUCUCCACUUGAUGGCAAUGUAUAGGAUGAUGCACUAGGGUCCACUGAAGAGGUUGAUGUGCAACUAUGCCGUCAAAACCCAUGCAUAUGCAAGAAAAUGCUUUUUUGAAUAGCUGUCCACUGUAGUGACCUCUAUACACGAAAGUGUUCAUUUAAAUGCUAUCUCACUCACGACCAAUUCGUAUGUAUUUUACGAGGUCCCGAAUUCUUACGAAUUUGUACAAUUUGUCUAAACCCCAGUGACGGGUAGGUUAAGGUUUGGGGUGAAUUCAUACGAAUUUGUCAACGCGUAAAAUAUGUACGAUUUAGCAAAAAAAACGUAUGAAUAAAAACGGCAUUUCGUAAAAUACGUACAAAAUGCCGUGAGAUUGGGUUGGUUAAUUUACAAGUUUAUACAAGUUUUAUUCAUAAUAUGCCACAACAAUAACAGUGAAGAUCACAGGAGAAACAUGGCAGCAUAAACAACACAAGACAAAGAACUGAACAAACGGAGAGCUAUAUAUACACAGGAUAAUGAGCACUAAACUAGAAACAGGUGUACAACAUAAUCAGUUACCAUAGAAACAAACUAGUGAUUAGAACAAAGGAUACCGACAGAAAAUAACUAAAUACAAACUAAGAGUAAAUCAUAAUGAAAUAAGCCCAAACUGAAUGUCACAACUCCAUAUUAAGAAAUAAUUCAAAUUAGUCCUGGUUUAAUAAGUUCAUGGAUUGUAUCAUGACCAUAUUAAGUCUGCAGAACUGCCAACGUUUGCUGUAACAUUAACAGCUUAUGCAGACAAGUGGGAAAAUAACUAAACUGAUAAUAUUUCUUGCUUUCUCCCCUUUAUUGUAAUGGAAAAUGGGAAGGUUAGUGACACAGUUAGUGUCAAUGUUAUCUUGCCUAUAAUUUUAUCCCUACAGACAUUUAUGACUGUACUCUGCUGUUCUCUCUGACUUUCAUGAACCACACCCUCUCGCUCUCUCACUCAUGGUAAUCCAUAUUCUACUGUAAGUUCCCUGUCGCUCUCAAAGGAGAAGCAACACAACCGACACGUUUUCACACCACAUACAGGUCUUUGAUAAUGGAGAAAGAACACAACCCUCCUCCUUAUUACGGUCCUCAGAUGACCCAGACAGGCAUAAAUUACCCUGGACCGCAGGCACCCUACCCACCUCAACCAGGUCCACAAACUGCACCUUACCAAACUCCACAAUAUGGGUUUGGGGCUCCACCCACCACUGUCCAGCCCACCAUGAUCCCUGUCGUUACACAGAUGACGACUAUGAAUCUCACUGAUGUACCGGGCCGCAUUAUCUGUCCUCACUGCAUGACGGAGGUCCUCACGGAAAUGGAAUAUAUAAACGGUUUGCUCACCUGGUUAAUCUGCGGAGGCCUUGCGCUCUUUAUGUGCUGGUUCUGUUGUUGCAUUCCUUUCUGUGUGGACGCGUGCAAGGAUGUGAAACACACCUGUCCAAACUGCAAAAAUGUCAUUCGCCUUUACAAACGAAUUCAAUGAUGAGUGAUCGAAGAUAUGUCAUUUGUACACUUCAUAUGGAAGUUAAACAUUGUGAAAUACUAUAGAACUGAUGCAUAAUUAAUCACAAUCUCACAGAUAUGUAGAACAAAAGUUAUGACAGAAAUGUCUAAUACAGUAUUUCACAAUUGCUAAAACACUAAACCCCAUUCUCUGAACCCAAUGCUCAGUGGCCUAAACCCAUUUGUCGAAUCAGUCACUUUGUAGGCAAAACCUUAAACAAGUUCAGG